CGCGAGCGGACGGGCCUGGCGGCUGGACGGGCACCCUCGCCGCCCCACGCGCUCCUCGCUGCCCCCCAUGAGCGCAGCCCCGCGCGGCCCAGGUCCGUAGCGGUGGGGCGCCCCCUAUGCUGCUGCAGCCCGCGCCGUGCGCCCCGAGCGCGGGCUUCCCGCGGCCCCCGGCCGCCCCCGGCGCCAUGCACGGCUCUCAGAAGGACACCACGUUCACCAAGAUCUUCGUGGGCGGCCUGCCCUACCACACCACCGACGCCUCGCUCAGGAAGUACUUCGAGGGCUUCGGGGACAUCGAGGAGGCCGUGGUCAUCACCGACCGCCAGACCGGCAAGUCCCGCGGCUACGGCUUCGUGACCAUGGCCGACCGGGCAGCAGCUGAGAGGGCUUGCAAAGACCCCAAUCCCAUCAUCGAUGGGCGGAAGGCCAAUGUGAACCUGGCAUAUCUGGGUGCCAAGCCCCGGAGCUUGCAGACGGGCUUUGCCGUUGGCGUGCAGCAGCUACACCCCACGUUUGUCCAGCGGACUUAUGGGCUGACCCCCCACUACAUCUACCCACAAGCCAUCGUGCAGCCCAGCGUGGUGAUCCCGGCCACGCCUGUCCCAUCGCUGUCCUCGCCCUACAUCGAGUACACGCCUGCCAGCCCGGCCUACACCCAGUACCCACCAGCCACCUACGACCAGUACCCAUAUGCCGCCUCGCCCGCCACAGCCGCCAGCUUCGUGGGCUACGGCUACCCAGCCGCCAUGCCACAGGCCCUGUCAGCCACGGCCCCCGCGGGGGCUGCUUUUGUGCAGUACCAAGCACCGCAGCUGCAGCCUGACAGGAUGCAGUGAGGGCCGUCCCUGCUGCAGGGACUGCGGUGACGUUGCCCACCCAGCAGACACAUUCGGGCCAGUGGCCGGCCAAGCUCUGGGCACCACCAGCACCUGUGCCUCCAAGACCCCCUGGCACGUCCAGGCGGCGUCUCUUCAGGUCUAGGUCCCAUCGUGCCUUGAGGGGGACUUCAGGACGGAGUGACCCAAGUGGCUGUCUGAAGAGGCGAGUGCAGGCCCCUCGCCCCUGGCUGCCCCCCACACUCCCGGUGCCGCGGGCCACGCCGACACCCUUUCCACCGAGGUGCCUUCUCAGGGAGACCUGGCAGGGAGAACCCAGGACUGUGGCCGGCUGCUGUGUGGGGACCGCCCUCCUUCUCGAAGCCGCUUCCUGAGUGGGCCGCCGGGUCCCCCCAGGUGCCAGCGACGUCCCUUUCAGUGGACGCACUGCGCCUUUUCCUGUUCUUUGUUUGCUACUGAGCGAUUCCAGAAUUUCAGUCUAUUUUUUCAACAGACACUGCUGCCACCAAGAACCCAGAACCUAAUUUUGACUGAGAGACUUGUUUUUGUUGAUGGCUCCACCCAGAGACGAUGACAGUAUUUCUGUGAUACAGUGUCUGCCGCCGGCCAGUCUGGCCCUCGGAAGGCAGGCAUCAUGGGACGAGAGGGCCCUCCUGGGCAACUGUCCACUGCCUACUGGGCUGGUGAAGUGUGUCUGGCCACCUGGUGAGUUCUCAGGUGUCUGUCACCACGUUGUUGCCGCGUGUCUCCCUGGGACCUGCUCCUCCCGCUGGGAGUGCGCGCCAGCUGCUGUGGGACAGGACGGUGGCAGCCCAGCCCUCUGAGGCCCCUGCAAGGCUCUGAGUGCAGGUUCUGCGCCCGCUCUCCUGUCAUCACCUGCUGCACGCAGCCCGGAACGCACCCUUCCUGCUGCUAAGAGGCGCAGUGGGGGCUUCUGGUUCACUGUGGCAACUCCCGGGACUGGAGGGUGAGGGGCUCCCAGCACGGAGGGGGGCCCCCAGCAGGCAGGCAGCUGGGCUGUGCCUUUGCCCUACCUCAGGGAGCCGAGUGGCCGGUGUCCCAUGGCACGCCUGGAGUAGAGAAAGCCCAGACAGAGGUGAAGGUAGCUAAUGUUAUGGUAUUUUUAUUAGAAUGUUCUGAUUAUAAAAAUAAAACUUGUUCUCUGUAAGAA